CCGAAACGUUGACACACAUUUUAAGUGUAAUAAUUUAUUAUUGUCACAUUUUUAGUGAUUUUUUAAAUUGAACCAUGGAAUACUGUGUGGCAAUUGUGUUCUUGACAUUCUUGUGUGUUUGUUUGUCACAAAUUGAAAACGACGACACGGGACAACCAACAAACACAAAUGUUGUGUGCUCUGUGUGUACGUGUGAGCAGCACUAUGUGGACUGCAGUGGGAAGGAGAUAAAAAAGAUGUUCCAGGAAGAAGAGUGGGCAGAUCUAAACGUCACAGGCAUCCUAAACUUAGACUUCAGCGGGAACCCCCUCAACAUCCUAUACAAAGUGCCUGACCUGCCCAUCAGCAAGCUGAACCUGUCUCACUGCGAGCUGGGGGACAUCGUGGAUGGGGCAUUUGGGGAGCUGGAGGAAUUGGAGAGCUUAGACCUCAGCCAGAACCAUCUGUCUACUGCUGCGGUCAGCAAGAAGAUCUUUGCUGCAGCAUUGCUGAUACCUGACGGAAUACCAUCCCCGGACGCUCCCAAGCCAGUCUUCUCCAACAUGCGCAACCUAAGUCUGGCCUACAAUGACAUUCACGCGCUGCCAAAGGACAUUUUUAUGUUCAUGCCGGACCUGAGACUGCUAGAUUUGAGUGGGAACCCGCUGUCACUGAUUGAUCAGGUCACCAUGGUUGCCUUGAGCGAUAUCAAAUUGACGGACCUAAGCCUGGCAUCCUGCGAGCUAGAAUCACUUCCUGAAGGUCUACUCCGCCGUCAGAGGAGGCUGAAGAGACUGGAUUUGAGCAACAACCGAUUCACGACAAUACCUUCUGUGCUGGGCGAGGCUGUCAACCUGGUCGCUCUCAACUUUGACCGGAAUUCUUUGACCAACCUCACCGAGAAGACCGCCCUAUUAUCCCUGAACAAGCUCCAAGAACUACGUCUAUGCAGACAGAGCCGUCUGCAGUUUAUUGCCGCAGGAGCCCUGGGCGGGCUGGAGUCUCUAACGUCACUCUAUAUCACCAACAACCCGCGACUGAACACCAUAGACCCGGGUUUCCUGACGUGGGAAGACGAACAUGAGAAUGAGCAGACGCCGCAACUUGAAGAACUGUACCUGAACAACAACAACAUAACCUCUAUCAGCUCGGAAUUCCUGGACAACUGGCACCAGCUGAAGCGAGCAGAUUUCUCCAGCAACCCGUAUGUGUGCGACUGCAACAACCAGUGGAUGGUUGAAGUGCUGGUGCCUUUGCUGUUCAAGAUGGACCUCGGAGGCAUUACGGCUAAUAUGAUCUGCAAGAAGCCCAGCGACGUGCGAGGGUUAUCCUUCGAGGCGCUGCAGCUGACCAACCGCACGCUGGUUUGCGCGGAGAUGGAGGAGAUCAACUCCGUACCCGCGCCGGACAUGGCCAUCCUGCUUGGAGUCAUGAUAGGCAUCUUCGUGACCUUCCCCAUAGUCCUGGUGCUGGUGAUCCUCUGGAAGAAGGGCUACUUCCAGAAGUGGAGGAAAGUGAAAGCGGACGAGACGGAUUACGAAGAUGAUGACGCGUUCUAACUUUCACCGCCAGGAU